AUGGAUGCAACAAUAACCAUUCUGGAGGAGUUCCAGGAACGCGACAGCGGCUGGGCGUUGACGCAGAUACUGAACCUCACAGUGAUUGUGAACAGUCACAAUCCGAUGCGCGCGGGAUGUCAGAUUAAAAUGUCGCGCGAGGUUCAGCUCAAACACGCGGUAGUGAACGUACAGUCGUGGGACAUUGCGUGUUUCGCGUGGGCAGUGGUCGCCGCGUUGUAUCCUAAGUUUCUGAUGACAUUGCGCCAAAUCGCCCGUUUCGAACGCAACAACAACGUGUCCGUAAACGUGUUUACGGCGGCGGAACAGGGACGCGGAUACGUGUCGCUGCAUCUCACGUCGAACAAGAAGGAGAAGCAUGUGAAUCUGUUGUAUGUUCCCGAUCAACAUGAUGGACACGUGGAACACUUUGCGUGGAUCAAACAUUUAUCGCGUUUAGUCAGCUCGCAAUUGAGCAAAAUGAAGACAGCAAAGUACAUAUGCGAUCGAUGUCUACACUACUUCUCCACGAGCGACAAGCUAGCGGUACAUACCACGGAUUGUGAACAAAUGAACAACAGCGCAAUUGUUCUUCCCGCUGAGGGAAAGAACUGUUUGACAUUUGAGAAUUACAACAACAAGGAACGGGUUCUAAUGGUGGUGUACGUCGACUUGGAGUGCGUACUCGAGAAACAGGACAAAGAGGAGAACACAUCGAGCGCGCACAAGUACCAAAAACACAGCGUGUUCAGCAUCGGUUAUUACGCGAGCUGCGAGCACAUUGACAUCGGAUACAGAUCUCACAGAGGCGAGAACUGUGUGCAGUGGUUCGUAAACGAACUGCUCGAUCUCGCGAAACGUGCGAAGACCUUGUUCGCAACAAAUGUACCCAUGGCGAAUCUCACUCCGGUGAAGUUCGAGCGGUUUACGAACGCUGAGUGUUGCCACGUUUGCGAACAACCGUUCGAGCGAGACGACAUGAGAGUGCGCGAUCACUGUCAUCUGACGGGACGUUUCAAAGGACCCACGCACUCCGCGUGCAAUCUGAAUUACAAACAAGUCUACGUUGUUCCCGUUGUGUUCCACACCCUAUCGGGAUACGACGCGCAUUUUAUUAUCAAGGAUGUGGCCACCGCUUUCGAGGGCGAGAUCAACGUGCUGCUCGUGACAAAAGAGACCUACAUAUCGUUCACGAAACAUGUGAGCAGUACUCGAUAUGAAGACAAUCAGAAGUGCGUGCAACUGCGGUUCAUCGAUUCGUACAAAUUUCUGAGCACAAACUUAGAAAAGCUCGCGUCCUAUCUCGACAAAAGCAAACUGCGAGUGACUCCAACGGAAUUCAGCGAUCUCUCCACCAAGGACUUCAAACUGCUCACGCGAAAAGGUGUGUUUCCAUACGAAUAUGUGGACAGCGGUGACAAAUUGUUGGAAACCAGUCUGCCACCGCGCGAGGCGUUUUACAGUUCGCUUACCGGCGAGACUGUGAAGGAGAGCGAGUACGCGCACGCGACGAAAGUCUGGCAACAAUUUAACAUCGACAAUUUGGGAUCUUACAGCGACCUGUAUCUGAAGACAGACGUACUUUUGCUGGCCGAUGUAUUCGAAAACUUUCGUCGCAAGUGCCUCGCGAGUUACGGACUGGAUCCCGCGCACUACUACACGCUGCCGGGAUAUACAUGGGACGCCAUGUUAAAGUACACUCGUGUGACGUUCGAGCUGUUGACNGACAUCGACAUGGUGAUGUUCGUGGAACGCGGCAUACGCGGCGGUCUGAGUCAAUGUUCGAACAGAUACGCCCGCGCCAACAACAGGUACGCGCAAUCGUACGAUUCAUCCGAACCGUCGUCGUAUCUGAUGUACUACGAUGUUAACAAUCUCUACGGAUGGGCUAUGUGUCAACCGCUUCCAUAUGGUAACUUUGCGUGGGUGGAGAACGCGUACGAGUUCGAUGUGACAAUGGCCGCCGAGGACAGCGACGAUGGCUACAUACUCGAGGUCGAUCUAACGUAUCCGAAAGAACUGCACGACGCGCACAGAGAUCUACCCUUUUGUCCAACGCGUGAGGAGCCGCGUGGUAAACAUGGAAAGAAUUACAUCAAACUGCUCGCCACAUUGUUCAACAANAAGCGAUACGUGAUUCAUUACGUCAACCUGCAGCAGUGUCUGCGACACGGGCUUCGCCUGACGCGAAUACAUCGAGUACUGCGGUUCUCGCAAUCGCCAUGGCUGCGCGGAUACAUCGAACUGAAUAUCCGAUUCCGCGCGAACGCCACCAACGAGUUUGCAAAAAAUCUUUACAAACUCAUAAACAACGCGGUGUUCGGCAAGACAAUGGAGAACGUGCGCAAGUACACCGACGUACGACUCGUUACAAAAUGGGAAGGACGAUGCGGUGCGGAGGCGCUCAUUGUUAAACAAAAUUUCCACAGCCGCAGCGUGAUUGGUGAAGAUUUAGUGGCCAUAGAACUGCGUCGUCUGGAAGUUUUAUUCAACAAACCGUUGUACGUCGGUAUGUGCAUACUCGACAUAUCGAAGACCUGUCUAUACGAAUUCCAUUACGGCUACAUGGCGCCGUUGUACGGUUACGAUUGCAAGAUCCUCUACACCGAUACCGACAGUUUGAUAUACCACAUAAAGUGCGAGGACGCGUACGAGGAUGUGAAGCGCGAUAUCGCUUGCUUUGAUACGAGCGAUUAUCCAGCGGAUAAUCCAUACAACAUGCUUCGCGCAAACAAGAAGGUACCGAGACUUAUGAAAGAUGAGAACAACGGUGCUGUUAUGACGGAGUUUGUGGGUUUGCGCGCGAAGAUGUACGCGACUCGAGUGGGCGACAGCAAGUGCACGAAGAAGGUGAAAGGUGUGAAGAGAAGCGUCGUUGCGAGAACGAUUACCUUCGACGAUUACGUGCAAUGUUUGCGGAACGCAACCAAACUGACGAGACAGCAGUCGUGCAUACGAUCNCAGUUGCAUGAGGUGUUUACCAUGUCGGAACGGAAGCUCGCUCUGAGCCCGCACGACGACAAGCGGUACAUCAUCCAUGGAUCGACCGACACCUUACCGUGGGGUCACUACAAGAUCCCUAACUUAGAUUAG